CUGUGUGCCCCUGACCUGCUCCGGGGUCCCAGGUGCGACGUGUCACUUCCAGGUCCUAACCCUCAGCAUGAAGACCCUCCUGCUGCUGGCAGUGAUCAUGGCCAUCGGCCUGCUGCAGGUCCAUGGAAGUUUGCUGGAUUUCCGGAAAAUGAUCAAGUUCACGACAGGAAAGUCAGCUCUGAGCAGUUAUAGCCUCUAUGGUUGCCACUGUGGUGUGGGUGGCAGAGGAACCCCCAUGGAUGCAACUGAUUGGUGUUGCAGGGCCCAUGACUGUUGCUACGAAAACCUAAAAAAACGCGGAUGCCGCACCACCUUCCAGAGCUACAACUUUAUUUUCCAACGGGGCCAAAUCGUUUGUGAGGAUACGGAUGAUUGCAAGAGUCAGCUGUGUCAAUGUGAUAAAAUAGCUGCCAGCUGCUUUGCAGCGAACCUGAAGACCUAUGAUAAAAAGUUCCGCUUCUACAACAGGUUUCGGUGCCAAGGGACGACCCCCCAGUGCUGAGGGCCCUCAUCCUGGAAGCCUUUCCACCAAAUGCUGUUUCCUUCCCUAGCACCCGACUCCCUACCCUAGCCAUGUUCCUUGGCAAAUGAAGGAAAACCCCUCUCCCACCCUAGAGACCAGCCAGGAGUCCUUCUCUCCCCAGACAGAAACCUUCCAUCCAGAAUGAGAAGCUCAGAGUCUGGGUGUGUAUAUUGGCCCCUUUCCUCUGCUUUUUUGGACAGCAAGAUUUUCCCUCAUUUUCCACUCUUCUGCACGUCCAGAGUCAUACUUAACUGCAGCAGCUACAGCCCUGGUUGGCUCUGAAUAAAGCAAUUCACUUGGCAAA